CGCGUUUAGUAGCGAUUCAUAGUGAUGCUCGCCACGUCAAUGCUAGAUCAAAUAAUUCCCCCGCUCCAUUGUCAUCCAUUGUCACAUCACAGUACAGUCACAGCUACUGCGUUAAAAUUACAUCACACUACAUCACACUGAAGUCACGACACAUCACUUCACCCCCCGCAACACAACAGCCCCAGAGGAGUGCAUGCAGUAUAUUGAGGGUCGUUUCCGAACUCUGCUGAACAAUAAGCCCGAGAGGCUAACCACACACCACAUUGCCGCCAGACAGAAGGAUGAUGGCAGGGAACUCUGGGUGACCAUUGCGGAUGAAGCCAAAGCCGCAGUGUCUAAGCAACAGACGCUAGAGGGAGGCACAGAGAGCGCCAUUGCACCCAGUGGUUCUGAAGCGAGUGUUAAGAAACAACUAUCCCUGACUCCCGAGGAAACCGAGUCACAGCUAAAAUUAGGAAUGGAAGCACAGACUGAAGUUAAGGAAUGUGUGGCUGAGAAUGCCGUGGGCGGCAACUAGUAGUGCACGCGGUGAUAGUAUACACCAGGGUUAUGUUAAUAUGGACAACUAUAUAGGAGGAUGAUUAAGCUACUAGUAGUGUCUAGUAUCACGGACAGGGUAUGCAGGGGGAUUUGUGGACAUGACUGGGGUCGUCACUCCUGAGCAUAUAUACCGCAUAUUACAUACAAAAUAUCAUAGCUAAUCUCAACGCAUCCCACGGUAUUUGCAACUUAGGAACUACUGUGCGUACCAUGAUCUGCGAUUUUGCAGGCAGGUGCUCUCUAAAGACACACACAUCUGCAAUGCCUAUAUUGUAUGUAGGCAUUUGUACAUAUCUCGACACGCUCACAUCGUGCGCUCAGUGGGAUGCAUGUAUGAAGAAAAACAAGCAACAGAAUGUAAGAAAUAAAGCGAAAACGAAGUCGCAGUUUGAAAAAGACUCAGUCCAAGUGAAUAAACAAG